CGAGCCGUAAUGUCUGGACGUGGCAAGGGAGGUAAAGGACUCGGAAAGGGAGGUGCCAAACGUCACCGUAAAGUUCUUCGUGAUAACAUUCAAGGUAUCACCAAGCCAGCAAUUCGCCGUCUCGCUCGCCGUGGCGGUGUCAAGCGUAUCUCUGGUCUGAUCUACGAAGAGACUCGGGGUGUUCUUAAAGUAUUCCUUGAAAACGUCAUCCGUGACGCUGUCACCUACACCGAGCACGCCAAAAGGAAGACUGUCACCGCCAUGGACGUCGUCUACGCCCUCAAGAGGCAGGGACGUACCCUUUAUGGUUUCGGCGGCUAAACAUCAACUUGCCCUAUCAAAAAAAAACGGCCCUUUUCAGGGCCACCAAAUCCAACGAGGUCAAAAACGUUUAAACAUGCUGACC